AUGGUGAUUCCUCUGCCGGAUGAUGAAACAACUCCACUACUAUCACAAUACGAUGAAACGAUAAAUGAAAAAGACGACGUUCAAGUAAUAUUAGAUGAAUUUUCAAGCAACUUGAUCAACAUAGAAUCGAUCGAGUCGAAUGAAUUAACAGAUCUAGAAGUGGAACGAUUAUCCAAUCUUUAUAAAGAAAGACUAAAAAAUUUGGAUGUUACAAUACCUGAUCCCUCAAUGUGUCUACUGAAAGAUGUAUCAACAUAUGUAUCACAAAAAUAUUUUUAUGCAACUAUGUCAUCAAAACUUAAGCAGGAUCAAUCGAAAUUCGAUCACAAAAGAUCACAAUCAACAGAAAAAAAGAAUCACGCCGAUCCCAAGAAUAAAAUUAUAAAACUUAUAACAAAGCAUGGGAUACUAAAUAUUGUCCAAGAAAAUGGUCAACGAAAAUUGGGACCUUUUCCAGGAUGGACAGGACCUCCACCAAACCCCGAGUGUGAGGUGUAUGUUGGAAACAUUCCACGAGAAGUUUUUGAAGAUGAAAUGUAUCCCCUAUUUGCAAGUAUUGGAGAAAUCUUCCAAAUUCGUCUUAUCACAUCCUUCGCAGGGUUUAACCGUGGCUAUGGCUUUGUUAUGUACUCCAAUGUUGAGUAUGCUAACAAAGCUAUAAGUGAAUUAACAGGUUACGAACUUCGUCCGUGUAAAAAGAUUGCUGUUGUCAAAAGCAUUAACAAUUGUCGUUUAUGCAUCAACAGCUUACCUGAGAAUCUUAACGUUCAAGAGUUUAUUGACGUAAGAAUUUUUUAA